AUGCAAGACGACAGCAUAGAAGCUUCUACUUCCAUAUCUCAGCUUUUAAGAGAGAGCUAUUUAGCAGAAACUAGACAUCCAGGAAACAAUGAGAGGAGUCGAGCAGAACCUUCCUCCAACCCUUUCCAUUUUGGCAGUCCUGGAGCUGCUGAAGGAGGAGGCCAAGAUGACCUUCCAGAUCUUUCAGCCUUUCUGAGCCAAGAAGAAUUAGAUGAAAGUGUCAAUCUGGCAAGACUGGCCAUCAAUCAUGAUCCUUUGGAGAAAUCAGAUGAAGCUCAAGCUAGAAAACGUCUUUCUUCUGAGCAGAUGAAACACUCACCUAAAUCAAGUUCUGACCCUAACUUCUGCCAAGAUAACUCUCGAAGUCCUUCCAGCUCUAAAGAGAGCCCCCAGGAGGCAAAAAGGCCACAGUAUAGCUCAGAAACCCAGUCCAAAAAAGUAUUUUUAAAUAAAGCUGCCGAUUUCAUUGAAGAGCUGUCCUCCCUUUUCAAAGCCCAUAGUUCCAAAAGGAUUAGACCUCGUGCUUGCAAAAACCACAAGAGUAAAUUGGAAUCUCAAAACAAACUUAUGCAGGAAAGCAGCUCCAGUGUCUCAGAUCUAUCAGAGAGAAGAGAAAGAUCUUCUGUUCCCAUCCCUAUCCCUGCAGACACCAGGGACAAUGAAGUGAAUCAUGCCCUUGAACAGCAGGAAGCUAAGAGGCGUGAGGCUGAGCAGGCUGCCAGUGAGGCAGCUGGUGGAGACACCACCCCAGGGUCUUCACCUUCAUCUUUGUACUAUGAAGAACCUCUGGGGCAACCUCCCCGGUUCACUCAAAAGUUACGGAGCAGAGAAGUUCCAGAAGGAACCAGAGUACAGUUGGAUUGCAUAGUGGUAGGAAUUCCACCACCUCAAGUAAGGUGGUAUUGUGAAGGUAAGGAGCUUGAAAACUCCCCAGACGUUCAUAUUGUCCAGGCAGGAAAUCUACACACACUGACUAUUGCUGAAGCCUUUGAAGAAGACACAGGACGUUAUUCCUGUUUUGCUUCUAACAUCUAUGGGACAGAUUCAACUUCUGCUGAGAUUUAUAUAGAAGGGGUUUCUUCUUCUGACUCAGAAGGGGACCCUAACAAGGAAGAAAUGAAUCGAAUCCAGAAGGCAAAUGAGACGUCAUCCCCUCCCACUACUUCUGCAGCCAUUCCUUCAGUAGUUCCCCAAGCCCAGCAUGUGGUGGCCAAGCCCAGGGUGUCAACCAUCCAGCAGUGUCAGAGCCCCACCAACUAUUUGCAAGGAUUGGAUGGAAAACCUAUCAUUGCAGCUCCUGUUUUUACAAAGCAGCUGCUCUGGCGGGCUUUCAAGGCUGCAGCGGCCCUGGCUCCAGCUGCUUCAGCAGUAAUUUGAAGAGUGCAAGGGGGCAGGGGAAGUGCGAAUUUGAAGAAGAGCACUUCAUUAUAUAAUAGCAGAGGCAGGAAACCCUGAAAUAACUGCGCCAGUGGCCGGAUCCAGAUUUCUGAAGGUUACACGGGGCCCUCUCCCCAACCUGACAACUCCAGAGACUUCUCUGACUCAGGUGUUGCCCUGGGCCCCUGUGACAAUCAAGGAGCUAAACGGUCUUCAAGCAAAUAGUUCUCUGUUGGUGGACACUGCUCUGGUCUCACUUCAGCCUUCAGCACUAUACACAAGCGCUUGCAGCAUCUCCCAAGGUGCAAAAACAUCAACUGCAUUAAAAAAGGAAUAAAAUGACAAUAUAAACCCUGUAGCUGACAUCUUGUAACUAUCAAGGGAGAUGCCCUUCUUCAAGGAUAUUCCUGCAUUAUAUCUGUGGGUAUGGAUCUACUAAGCAAGAACUGUUUCCUUUUAAUUCACAUUUAUAGUACCUGGCACAGUGCUUGGCACAAAGCAGGCAUGUAGUAAUAUUAA